CCGGCAGUUGUUUGCUUUCUUACAACUCAUUACCCGUUCUCGAUAACACUCCAGUACUCCGGUCUACUGCGAGGAAUCUCGACUUUCAAUUGUUAAGUAUUCAAGUAUGGAAAACUUAAGUACCAAACCACAAAAACAAGAAGAUGGACCCAAAAGUGAAGACGAAGAAGAACAACAAAAGCUUCUACUCGAUUUGGCAGAAAAUAUUAAAAAUGAUAAAGUUAAUGAACUUUCCGAAACGUUAGCAGCUUUACAGGACAAUGAUAUUCAGAAAUGGUUGGAAAAUGCAGUUCCAAAUACUGGUGGAGAUUCUCUUCUUCAUAUUGCUGUUAAAUGUCACGAUACUUUACAUUUUGUCGAACUCCUUGGAAAAUAUUGUCCAGGUCUCCUGGUAAAACAUAAAGAAAAUCCAGAAUUUUACGGACAAAUACCUCUCCACAUUGCAAUAGCAAAAGGAAACUUAAGUGUUAUUGAGUUGAUGCUUAAACAAGUACAGAAAAACACAAAUAAGAGGAAUUCCUUCCUACAAGAUUUACUACAUAAACAAGCUUCUGGGUCCAGAUUUCUUAACACUAUAAUGAUGGGACAACUUCCUCUCACUGUUGCAGCACUGAAGGGUGAUUCCUGUGUAAUAGAAUUACUUAUAAAAUAUGGUGCCAAUAUCGUCCAACAAAAUAAUUUAGGUGAUACAGUUCUCCAUUCAGUUGUGAAAUAUGCUGCUAUAUAUCCAGAUAAGAUUAAUUACCUGAAAGAGAUGUUAUUACACUUAAACGACAGAAUUGAAAAUAUGGGGGAAGAUAAUCAAUAUGAAGAGAAUUGCUGUAGGAACUAUUACAGAUUUAAAAUGUCUUACGUUUGGUUUCUAAGGAACAGUGAUAAUAUGACGGUUCUACAAUUGGCUGCAAAGUACGGCGUAACAGAACUCUUCCAGCUCAUUCUGAAUCUUGAGGAUGUUUAUUGCUUCAGCAAUUCAAAUGAUGGUCUCUUUGAAAUCAAGGAAUAUGACAUCUCAGAAAUAGAUACUGCGUGUAAUAUUCGAAUGACAUUUGAGUCCAAACACAGUCUGAAUAUUAAAACGAAUGCUGGCGUCAAUAACACCGCUCCAACCGCCGAUGCAGAAAUUGCAACUUGCUUUUCGCAGAAUUGUCCAAAACCGGAAACAGAAUCUGUUUUGGAAAUGUUAUUUCAUUUCAAUUACAAUAGUGAAGAUGCCUACAAUAUGAUUGAACUUCCCCCUGUUAAGCAUAUAGUCAAAAAGAAAUGGAAGAACUAUUUGUGGACAUUCAUGACCAUGAUGGUCUUUCAUUUUGUUUUUAUGAUCCUUCUUACUGCUUACACGGUUGAAUCGUCUACAAUAUCCGAAGAUUCAAAAGCAAAUUUGACACACAUUAACUUUACCUCGAAUCAAUUUACGCUUGUCUUUCGAUGGGUGUCUUUUGUAAUAGGAGUGGUGUAUAUUUUCAUUGCAGUCUGUGUGAUCAUUACAAAAUUAAGGAGAAAUAAUGCAUUGCACUAUGCACUCCACAAUCUAGAGUACAUUUUGCCAUUACUUUUCUUUGGAAUUUCUAUUGUUAUCGACAGCAUACAUGACUCAGUGUCAGAAGGGCAAAAUGAAAAUAUUCCUUUAAUAAUUGCCGUUGUAUUGGGUUGGUGGAUAAACGUAUUUUUCCUGUCACCUUUCAAGUAUUUUAGUUUCUUCACAGAAAUGAUUAAAAGGGUUUUGAUAGGAGAUUUUAUACGGUUCGGUAUAAUAAUUUUGUUUGAACUGUUUGCAUUUAGCGCUGGGAUGUACAGCAUCUUUCAAGGUGUAGAAGUAGAGGGAGCAAUCUUCAGAUCGUUUGAAAGAACCUUAUUAGCACUUUUCAAACUUGCAAUAGGCAUAGAAGACAUAGAUAUUUUAUUCAAAGCUCGAAUUCCAUGGCUUGCCGUUACCAUUUACUCAAUCUUUAUAGCAUUCACAUACCUACUGAUGUUAAAUGCUUUGAUUGCAAUGAUGUCUGAAACAUGUUCUAAUAUCCUUAAAGAACAAUAUCCGCGAUGGCGAAUUCAGCAAUUGUCUGUGGUUUUAUUUUUAGAGGAUAUUCUCUGUCUUUGUUGGUUUGAAAAGAUUUUGUCAGUUAUUGGAAAUAAAACAGACAUGAAGAUUUUUCAUCCCAAUAACUAUUAUGAAGACCAUCCAAGAUAUUUCAUGGAAAUCCAUUCUCUUCAGUUGGAAUAUGCAACUACCGAAGAUAAAGAACGACUAAGGAAGAAAAAUCCAAACCUAUUACAGACAAUUUACAAUUCUCCUGAGAUCGACGAAUUAACAGAUAUGAACGAAGGCAUUGAUAUCGUGGAAGAAAAUCUUACACAACGGAGAAAAUCUUCGAAGAAAAGAUAUUUCCCCUUGUCUACUGUUCGUUCUAGAAAGUCGAGGAGAAAAGUAGCGUCUUCAGUCGAGAAUCCAUAAAUAAGUCCUACUGAUGUAGCAGCGACAUUCAGCCAACGCCUUUUAACAGU